CAGACGGUGCGCACAAAUGUGGGAACACGUUGUUUCUCCGAGCAGCCCUACGGGCGCACCACUUCCUCUCAAGUUUGGAUUCCUUCACUUUUAGAGUUUCUCCGGUUACUAAGCUGGGCUGGACUAAGAUACACCUCACCUCAGCAUCUUUCCCAACUACCAGAUAAAUAAGAAGAUACUUUUUUUCUCUUGUUCUUUUAACUUCUGAUUGCAUUCUCUCCUUGCAACGAAGUCCAUUCCUCUUUUUGCUGCACCAACUGAGCUGAGACACUGAAGUUACCUGCGCUGUAGGAGAACGUCUCCAGUGUAAAGAGUCACGGAUGGAGCUUUGAAUUCUUAUUUCUUACUGCUACAAAAACCAGUGGAUAUUGGCACACUCGAAGAUCCAAGGCGCUGUGCGCUCGAAGGGAACUUUGGGGCAAAUGCCAUUGCGAUGCUGUGGAUGUGACUUCAAACAACAGCUUCACAACGGUAGAGUCCUGUAAAUCACAAUGAAAGACGACUUUGCUGAUGAGGAGGAGGUGCAGUCCUUUGGUUAUAAGAGGUUCGGAAUUCAGGAGGGUACGGAGUGCACCAAGUGUAAAAACGACUGGGCAUUGAGGGCGGCCAUUGCACUGCUCUAUGUACUCUGUGCCCUGCUCACAAUAGCAGUCGCUGUCCUCGGAUACAAAGUGGUUGAGAGAAUGGACAGUGUUACAGAGGGCAUGCAGAAAUAUGGAGGACAGAUCAAUGAUGUGGAGACAGACUUGAAGAAACUAGAUGAUCAGGCAGGAGAGAAGUCAGUUAAUGCCACAAGUGACAUCAAGACUUUCAAGUCCGACCUAGUGGCACUACAGAAACAACUGAAUGACAUUGCCCUCAGGGCAACCAGAAACAGGGAUGUGCUGGAUGAGCUUCAGGUCACAGGAGAUGACAUGCAAAAAGGCCACAUCUCCCUGCAGAGUUUUAUCCAAAGCAACGAGGCCUCACUGCAUGGGGUCAACCAGACCUUGGCCUCCUACAGUGGCAGGAUUGACAACCUCCAGACGGACACUGCACGGCUCCAGUCAGAGAUACAAGGCCAGGUGAAAGUGCAGAGCCAGACUCAGGUUAGUAUCAGUGCACUAAACAUCACCCAGUCCCAGCAGCGCAAUCAGCUCAGCACGCUGCAGAAGACGGUCGAAGACGCAGGCCAGGCGGUGCAGAAACUAAAGAAUGACUACCAGGUUCUGCAGCAGACAGCCAGGCAGACCCGGUCUGACACAGAGUGGCUGAAGGAAAAGGUCCAGAACCUCCAGGUUUUGGCAGCUAAUAACUCAGCCCUGGCCCGUUCCAAUGGAGAAGCUCUGGAUGACUUGGGGGCUCAGCUCAGCACUCUAGCCAGCCAGAUCCAGAACACCUCCACUCUCAAUGAGGAGCAUGGCCAGAGCCUGCAUGAGCUGAUGGACCACCAGAGAGACCACGAUAACACCACCUCAUCGAAGUUUGAUGAGCUGGAAUCACGGUUAGACAGACAUGAGAACGACAUGGACCGUGUGACAGGAAAUGUGAGCUUCGCCACGCAGCUCCUCGGUGCCAUCAGCUCCGACCUGAAUGGCCUGAGGUCCUGCGCUGAGACGGUGUUGCGACAUUCUGACCUGUUACUGGGGCUAAAUAGUAGUGUGACAGAAGCCAGUGCAGAUAGCAAAGAGCUGCGUGCACAGCAAGAUGAGCUGGCAGCCAGGUUGGACAGAGAGGUCAGCAACCUCUCUAUGGUGAUGGAGGAGAUGAAGGUGGUGGACAGCAAGCACUCACAGCUCAUCACCAACUUCACCAUCCUGCAGGGUCCACCAGGUCCAAGGGGCCCCAGGGGUGACAAGGGUCCCCAGGGGCCAGUGGGCCAGUCUGGACAAAAGGGUGAUAAGGGAGACAAAGGGAUGCCGGGGUUGGUGGGACCUAAAGGAGAGAAAGGUGCUGCUGGACCAUAUGGUGCAACAGGUCCAAAGGGUGCAGCCGGGGCUCGGGGUCUUCCAGGGACCAAAGGAUCAAGAGGGUCUGGAGGUCGACCUGGAAUCCCUGGUGAAAAAGGUGACCCUGGGUCGCCGGGGAGUCCUGGUAGGGUUGGACUGUCAGGGUUGCCUGGACCACAAGGGCCACAGGGGCCCAGAGGAGCAGCAGGACCUGCAGGGCUCGAGGGGCCUCGCGGACCUGUUGGACCAAUUGGCCCUCCUGGUCCACCAGGGCUACCAGGGAUAUCUGUGCCUGCCCCUCGACUUUCAAAGCCUCCUCAGCCCACUCAGCCUGCUAAGGUCGCUGAAACCCCCAGACCACCUCAACCCCCCAAACCAUCUCAACCCCCCAAACCAGCAGUGGAACCAGAAGGCUCCGUGUCCAAACAGGUCCAGCUUCCUGACGCCAAUACUACAGUGCCUGGUUGCCCACCUCAGUUCACAAGGUUUGGAGACAGCUGCUAUUACUUCUCCUCUGGUCCUCAGAGGCUCAACUUUGACGAGUCCAAGCAGUUUUGUACUAACAUGACGUCUCAAAUGCUCAUUAUUAACGACAAUGAGGAACAGCAAUUUGUGAGAAACAAAAUUGCAGGGAAGGGUUAUUUCUGGCUAGGCCUUACUGACAGGGAGGAGGAAAAUGUCUGGAAAUGGGUGGAUGGAACGCUACCUGUUUUCAAGAAGUGGAAGCCUGGCCAGCCUGAUAACUGGACCCAUGGCCACGAAGACGGCGAGGACUGUGCUGGCCUUAUCCAUAAUGUGAAGAGGCUGAAGCUGAGGUUGAAGUGUGCUUUUACACCAGCAAUGCCUCUCUUCACGACCAACCCAUUUGACCAAGAUGUUGAGAAAGCAACCAGUGAGAUGAACACAGCUGAGGACUGGGGCCUCAUUCUGGACAUAUGUGAUAAGAUAGGACAGUCACGCACUGGGCCUAAAGAAUGUCUCCGCUCUAUAAUGAGAAGAGUGAACCAUAAGGACCCCCACGUGGCCAUGCAGGCACUGACUCUCCUUGGUGCUUGUGUCUCAAACUGUGGCAAGAUAUUCCACUUGGAGGUGUGCUCCAGAGAGUUUGCCAGUGAAGUCAGCAAUGUCUUAAACAAGGGCCACCCCAAAGUGUGUGAGAAGCUGAAAGCCCUGAUGGUGGAGUGGGCAGAGGACUUCCGCAACGAUCCCCAACUCAGUCUGAUCUCCGCUAUGAUCAAGAAUCUACGCGAGCAGGGUGUAACUUUCCCAGCUGUUGGGUCCCAGGCUGCAGAGCAAGCAAAAGCAAGCCCUGCUUUAGUGGCAAAGGAUCCCUCCACCUCGACAAACAAAAAAGAAGAAGAAGACUUGGCCAAAGCUAUUGAGUUGUCACUAAAGGAGCAACGUCCGCAGCCGCAGACCUCCCUGUCAAGCCUUUACCCAAACACUUCCAGCCUGCUCUCCUCAAACAAGUCCGAUGGCAGGAAAGUCCGUGCCAUCUACGACUUUGAGGCCGCUGAGGACAAUGAGCUCACCUUCAAGUCAGGAGAAAUCAUCACUAUCCUGGACGAUAGUGACCCCAACUGGUGGAAAGGGGAAACAUACCAGGGAGUGGGGUUGUUCCCCUCUAACUUUGUCACAGCUGACCUCACUGCAGAGCCUGAGAUGAUGAAGACAGAGAAGAAGAGCGUUCAGUUCAGUGAGGACAUCCAGGUGGAGACCAUAGAGCCCGAACAAGAGCCUGUAUAUAUAGACGAAGACAAAAUGGACCAGCUACUGCAGAUGAUCCAGAGUGCAGAUCCCACAGACAACCAGUCAGACAGCGUUGAGUUACUACAGUUGGAAGGUGCCUGCAAUCAAAUGGGGCCCCUCAUUGACCAGAAGUUGGACGAUAUAGACAGGAAGCACUCCGAGCUGUCAGAUCUGAAUGUGAAGGUGAUGGAAGCUCUGUCUUUGUAUGCCAAGAUAAUGAAUGAAGAUCCAGUUUACGCCAUGUAUGCCAAGCUACAGAGCCAACAGUACUACAUGCAGCAACCUGCUAAUGCAGCACAACAGGUCUACUCUGGUCAGCCUGCAUCAGGUUCGUAUGCCAUGAGCGGUACUACAGUGCAGGGUUACACCGUUCCCAUGGAGCAGCUUCCAGCUGGAACCCCCAUACCUGGUCAGCCUGCUCCCAGUGACGUUCAUAUGUACAUGGGCCAGCCACCAGUCUACACCGCUGCUCCAGGGAGCAUGGCCCCAGCAGACAUGCAGUCUUACCAGCUCCCGGCCCCUGGCCCGGCCCCAGGCAUGACGCAGAUGCCAAACUACAGCACCCCCUCCGGGCCGAGCAUAGCACCUUCCUCAGACCCCUCACAGGCCCCCUACUCAGAGAAAGCUCUGCUAUAGGCCCCCCCGCCCCUGAGCUCACCGUUCUCGUCACACAUACACAUGAACCAGUUCUGAUCCUAUAGUGGUCUUAGAUCAUUUAUCUUCUGUUUUACGAUAAGUUUUAUCAUAGAAUACCAGCUAGAUGAAACAAUUCAAAUAGAGUAGACUAAAAAACUUGACAUUUGGCACACUUUGAGUUGUUUUAUCUGGCAGAUAAAUAUACAGUUACACUUCUCAGUCCAGGUUUAGAAGUGAUCACGAAGGUUUGAUUAGAAGAGCUCACACCAAGACAUGCAUAGUAUGAAAAUGGACACGCUGUGUUUUUAAUUGAUGACGUUUCUGCAUUUUCACUCUUCUUCUCCAUGCCUUUACAUGACUCAGAUGUGAAGACACGGAGGAGCUUUUAUUUGCACUUUUAUCUUCAGUUGCACUUAUUUAAGUUUUGGUAAUUUAAGCGUGAUCACUUCCAAAUCUUGAUAUAUAAGCAAUAUAUGCAUUGUCCAUUGUUUUUAUGUACGAGACCUGACUUAUUGCUCCCUUUUUAAGAAAAGGACUUAAAAAGGACUUUUGAAAACUUGUGGUAAUGUUUUAUUUUAUGGUUGCGGACUACAUAAUGUGGUACCAAUUAUAGAAGAAAUGAGACCAAGUUAAUUUAGUUAGGUUUUAAGUAAACUAAAAAUCAGUUUAAUUAAAGGAAUUUCUUUUAAUGAAUGAAAAUUUACUUACUUAACUUCAUUUGUCAUUUAUCAUUGGAAACCUUUUUCUUCUACAGCUCUUUGCUGGAAACUACUAAGACAUUACGGACCUGUAAAAUAAAGCAUUAACAAAAUUGCUUUGAGAAAACAAGUGUAGCUGUAGCCACUUAUCUAAUCUAACCACAAAAUAGAUAUGCAAUUACUAUUUGAUCAAGUGUGAUAUACACACGUGCAUUCCUUCACACCACCCCUCAACACGCCCAUUGUUGCUACACACAGGACACACAAACACACUACAGCCAGGUGUACAGACACACCAGUUGGUUCGCAUCCUCAGCCGAUUAUGAUCAAUAACCUUCACUCACACACUAAUAUACCACAGCCUUCUCACCCACUUAAAGCAACUGCAGUGCUAAUCAAGUCACAAAAAAGGGGUGUAAACUUACAUUUCACCUUUCUUUCUUUUUCUUUUUGUUUAAUCAAAAAAAGGACUUUUAGCGAUGCUAAAAACGUUGAGUUACUACAUUCUGUAUAUGUGGUCAACUUUUAAAAGUACUGAAAACUGAAGCCACUUUGUUUUUUGGAGGGAAAAAGAAACCAGAGGAAUUGAAGCAUGCACAUGACUCUUGUAUAUACUGUAUCAAACUAGUAGUAAAGCCACAUGAUGACCUCGUGGAUGAGCUGGAUGUUAGCACAGCUCCAAGUGUUUCUCUCAGCCUUAAAGGGGAACUCUGCAGUCAUGGUGUCCCUGCUGAACAAAUGGUGUAAAAGCCAAAGAGGGAGAAGUGAAAAAGCGCCAGAUUACCAGAUUUUUCUUUUUCUUCUUUUCCUAAGAUUGACUCUUAACGUCAAACUGCAGAGUUUUCCUUUUCAAAAUAAGGAACUCUUGAUCCUUCUUGGUGGAUGUAGUGUUUGCGUUGUCUCUAUUCAGGCGCUGUACUAACACACUACAGACAUGGCUACUAAAGGGCAAACUGAUCUGCCCCAGUGUCUUUAAAGCAUCUCUUUAGUCAGUGUUAAAACGUGAAUACUAUGGGCUUUUUUUCUAGUGCGUUUUAAUUUAUGUUUUGAUUGUUAUGCUAUUUUAAAUGAAGAAGCAGUGCAGGAUGUAAGUAUUCAGAGAAAAGCGUAUUAUGUGAUAUUCUGCCUAACUUAGUUGUAUAUUUAAGUCGCUCACAUCAGAACGUUUUCUCAGUGUUUGAUACAUGCUUAUUGUACUGUAGGGUCAAAUGGAUGGUAAUGUGAAAAACUGAUCUAACCUCCCCAUGUAUUUCAAACCUGUCCUUUCUCAGAGCUGUCUAACACUAAAACAAAUUUUACUUGAAACAGAACUGAAAUACAGUUUUAUGAUUCUGGAAUGCACAGUCGUGGGUUUGUAAAACAUCUCUCUCUCAAGGUUCCGCUAAAGCUAUCAGUUACCUUGACCCUUGAAAAUUGUUGUUGAAAUAUUGUAGAAAAGUCUAAUUGUCAUCUUAUACUUUACAUACUCUUCCAUGGCUUCUACGCGUUCAAAGUCCUUCGGAAAAAGUUGAUGUUUAAGAAUAUUGACUGGAUUGCAAAACACUGACGAAACAGGAAAAUUAUUUAUCCCUGGUCUGAUAUUAAACAAUGCUGCAUGAAGGCACUGUGAAGCAGUUUUAAAUAUAAUGAAAUCGAUUUUCCAGUUGCGGGACAAAUUGGUGUGUUACAUUUUUGUCAUUUCAUUUUCUCGAGGUGCUAUAAUUGUGCUCCUCGUUGCCACCCUGUGCCACCGUAACAAUAUAAAACAACCCCACUUGAGCCUUCGUACAUGGGACUUUGCAAACGUGAAGCCAUUUAAUUUUCCAGAACUUGAUUUUAGCAUUAAUAUACUUGAUUUGAAAGAUUGAAAUGUUCUUUUUUUGCUGCCUUUAACUUAAAAUGCAAGACUGAAAUAGUGUUAAUCUGUUGGAUCAAAGAGGGCUGAAAAUAUCAAAUAUAUAAAA